CUCAGUGCUUCCGGUCUUUCUCAUGCUGCGUGUCUGCUCCACCAUGGACAUCUGCUCACAUCCAAUCUGUCCGUCUUCGUGGAAGAAAUAACGUCCAACAUGAACUCCAAACUAACCAGCAGCCAGCAGAAAACUAUCUGCUCACAGCUGGGAAGAUUCAAACUGCGUCUGCUGUACAAGGCCAGCAUCCAUGGUUUCAACGGCACUGGCUUUCACCAGCAAUGUGACUACCACAGUCCCACAGUGUCUGUGGGCUUUAAUGCGUCCGGUUAUGUGUUUGGAGGCUACACCAAACAACCCUUCAGUCAGACUGGGCAGUACUCGCAUGAUGACCAGGCCUUUCUUUUCACCUUUAAUGGAGAAAAGCUCCUCAAAUAUCCCGUCUCUAAUCCAGUUAAUGCAGUAAGAAUGAUUGGUAACUGUGGUCCAUAUUUUGGAGAAGAUUUGGUUCUUGCCUAUGGAGGUGAAGCACAAGUCCAUUCCGCUCCAGGGAGUUAUUACAACUUCAAUGCUGCAGAGAUGCAUGGCAAAAACCUUCAGCUGACUGAGUGUGAAGUCUAUGAGGUGGAGACAAUCUCAGAAUUUGAGAAGCCGUGGAGGACGGUCGUCUGGGAAAACGAGAAGCGAGCCGAGAUGAUGGAGAGCAUCAGGCUCUACUGCCCCCCGUCCAAUUGUGUGACGCAGCUUCGGGUCCUGCUUAUUGGACCUGUUGGAGCUGGAAAGUCCAGCUUCUUCAAUUCUAUCAACUCCAUAUUCAAAGGCUACGUCAGCAACCAGGCCAUCGCCGGCUGCUCCACCCACAGCCUCACCAAGCAGUUUCGCACAUACUCGAUAAAAGAUGGAAAAGGGGGAAACCCCCUGCCAAUCAUCUUGUGUGAUACCAUGGGAUUGGAGGAAAGCACAGGUGCGGGCCUUGAUAUCGAUGACAUCACCAGCAUCCUCAAAGGUCAUCUGCCAGACUCCUAUCAGUUCAACCCGACGGCUCCUCUGCUUUCCAAUGCCAGCGGCUACCAAACGUCUCCAGGCCUGAGUGACAAGAUCCACUGCGUGGCCUACGUCGUUGAUGCCGGCAUGGUCUCCAUCAUGCCUGCAAAACUGGAGCAGAAGCUGGAAGCUAUCCGCAGAAAGGUCAACUUGAUGGGUAUUCCUCAGCUGGUCCUGCUGACGAAGGUGGAUGAAGCCUGCUCUUUUGUUUCCCAGGACAUCAGGAAUAUUUAUAAGAGCAGCUACAUUCAGGAAAUUAUGCAGGAGGUUGGUGUUCGGGUCGGUGUGCCAAUGUCCUGUGUUGUUCCGGUGAAGAACUACAGCAAAGAAUUUGAGUUGGAUCAAAACUGUGACAUCCUUCUUCUCACCGCCAUCAUCCAGAUGUUUCGUUCCACUGAAUGUUACUUUGAUGAUCUCAGUGACAGACUCAGCAGCAAAGUUAAAACCAAAUAAUGAAUAAAAGAAGCACAGAGGAUGUUUAUAUCUUGUCCAACUGUUUUGAAAAGUUACUGGAUUGUCAGGUCCAGUCUGAUUAAUACCAUUCAUAACCAAUGAAUACGUCUGAUAACAAUAAACUAUUGUUAUGGAAAAAAACAAGUGGUUCCUAACUUUCCAUCAGUGCUAAUGCUAAACUAUCAACUUAUUCCUUUUGUGUCCCCAUCAAGCUGUAGUAAUUCAUUUUUAUUCUUUUUAGAAUAUUUUAUAAUAGUAUAAAAUUAAUAGGUUGUCAUAUAGAACUUGCUAUUUUGUUGUUUAAUAGAAGCUCAAAGUGCGUGAAUGAACAGAAAAACAGAAAUUUAUUGAUGUCAGAGUGUUAUUGUACAGCUGUUGGAGUCGGACCAGCUGAGUACAGUCCCUCUCUGCGUUACAAGACCGCCACACAGCACACAUCUUCUUAUCAGAGUCACACAUGCCUUUGUAAUUGAUGAAAACAAUUGAAUUAAAGUGAA